AUGGUGAACAAAGUAUUAUUAAUCAAUGGGCCCAAUUUAAACCUCUUGGGUACCAGGGAACCCGAAAAAUAUGGUACUACGUCGUUGACAGAUAUUGAGAACGCAGCGGUAAAGCAAGCACAAGAUAAAUCUGAUGGCUCUCAAGUACUUGUCUACCAAAACAACACCGAGGGUUUCAUCAUAGAUCGCAUCCAACAAGCCCGUCUAGAAGGAGUCGGAUUUAUUGUUAUCAAUGCUGGAGCCUAUACCCAUACUUCUGUUGGAAUUCGAGAUGCUUUGUUGGCUACAGCCAUUCCAUUUAUCGAGGUUCACAUCACCAACAUCCACCAAAGAGAGCCUUUCAGACACCAUUCUUACUUGAGUGAUAAGGCCAUAGCAGUGGUGGCAGGGUUGGGUGUGUACGGCUACACUGCUUCCAUUGCCUAUGCAUUGAAUUAUCAAAACCAGUGA